GGUUAUCGGUUACACUGCUUGCGUUGUGAUUGGACGUGGCUUCAAAGUGGGAAGUACGCCGGUGUCUCCCUGGUUGCGCAAGACGCCAUUUUGGAGUGACAGUGAAAGAUAACGCAAAGAUCGGGUUGCCGUCUCUGUAAAGAUUUGCCAUCAUGGGGAAUGUAUUUGCAAGCUUAUUUAAAGGCCUGUUUGGCAAAAAGGAGAUGAGAAUUUUAAUGGUCGGCCUCGAUGCUGCUGGAAAAACAACAAUCCUGUAUAAACUAAAGCUCGGAGAGAUAGUCACCACCAUCCCCACUAUUGGUUUUAACGUUGAAACGGUAGAAUACAAGAACAUCAGCUUCACAGUGUGGGAUGUGGGCGGUCAGGACAAAAUCAGGCCUCUGUGGCGCCACUACUUCCAGAACACUCAAGGACUUAUUUUCGUGGUGGACAGCAACGACAGGGAGAGGGUGAACGAGGCGAGGGAGGAGCUGUCCAGAAUGCUCGCUGAGGACGAACUGAGAGAUGCCGUGCUGCUUGUUUUCGCUAAUAAACAGGAUCUCCCCAACGCCAUGAACGCUGCAGAGAUCACAGACAAGCUGGGCCUACACGCUCUCCGUCAGCGCAGCUGGUACAUCCAGGCCACCUGCGCCACCAGCGGCGACGGCCUCUACGAGGGCCUGGACUGGCUCUCCAACCAGCUGAAAAACCAGAAAUGAUCCAUUCCACUUUUGUUUUUGUUUUACUUUUUUUUUGUUUGUGGUUUAUUUGAUUAAUUUUUUUUUUUUUUCCUGUUUCGACACCGCCGCAGCACCGGACCCCGGCCCCUUUACGCUCCAUCUCUCCCCGUUCGCCGGACCCGGCUCUUUCUUUCGAGAACUUCCUUCCUGCUCUCUCCUCUUCGUCUGUGCUCUCGGGGCUUGAGCCUGUGCUGCUUGUGUCUGUGUGUGGGUGGUGUGUGCGCGUGUGUGAGCGAAUGAGCGUGUGUUCAGCGAGCGUGUGCGGGCGUGCCGUGAAGGCAUCUCUGUGUGUGUGUGUGUGUGUGUGUGUCGGCUGGGAUUGGGAGUAACCCUGGCGUGCCUUUUACACACCUCCUGUGGAAUCAGCAGUCUGGUUUUCAAGACCCUUCUCCAUCCACCGACGUCGGCCUCCUCCCCGCUCGGCCUACCCCCACUCUCAGUCUUGCACGGCCCCCUUCUCCCCACCCUAACUCUGCAGAGGAAGCAUGGUUUUCAUACGGCAAAGAAAGAGCAAGGGUGCAAGCUCUCCGCCGCCUCCCUUUAGUCUGAUCUGUGUUAAGUAGAAACGCUCACCCGGUGUAGCUUGAAUGCUCAACGUUCAUUUUAACCUCCCCGAUUUCGAAGCCCACCAGUAAGAGAUUCAAUAAAUUGCAUCUUAACCUGUAUCAGGUCAAAGCAAGUCAAAAUAGCUGAGAAAGUUUGAAAACGCGCGCAAAAAAAUAAAAAGCAGUUCAUCCUCGGUCAUUCUAGUGUCAUUUGAAAAUCAUGCUGUUUGUUUUAUUAUUAUUAUUAUUAUUACUAUUAUAUUGGAAAUAUAGCAGAUUAUUCUUAUUGAUGGCUCUCCGGUAGACACUAACUUUCACCCCGAAGCACAAGGCAAGCCAACAAUCUCCAAAAAUGAAACAAAAAAUCCAAUUCUGUCGUUCCACGUAUGCGGCCCCUCGUCUUUUCGGCUCCCCCGGUAGUCCUUUAAUUCCCCACAACAAAUUGGAUUUUUUAAGUCUGAUAAACUGUCAGACAGCAUUCCCCCCCUCUCUGUCGUACAUAAGCCUGAGAAGAGGAGCUUGACAUUAUUCCUUUAAGAGAUGUUACAUGUUUUUUUUUUUUUUUCUGUCAUUAGUUUUAGCAUUUAUAUUGUAAAAUGACUGCUGAACCAAAUGCAUUUGAGCAGUAUGACAAAUCCUGAACAUGGACGUAGUAAGAGCAUCUCUGAGGGCCUGAGCUGAUUUUGUUUUCUGUUUUCCUUUCUUCGCCAACGGUUGACAGUUUUUCUUUGAAACCUGAAAGCGUCCAGCUGUUUAGUUUUCAUAGUCGGGAUGAAGGAUUGGCACCAAAAAAAAAAAAAAAAAUGAAGGCUCUUUAACUGUGAACGGUCUAGACAAGAAGAAAGGAAAAAUAGCUGGAAUGUCUGGGCGUUUACAGGCUAAUACUCCUCAUUUAUAUUGCUGCAUACUUUAAGGUUGAGGAGUACGCCACCGGUCCUCCUCCUCCUCCUCCUCAGCAGGCAGCGAGCCGGGAGGACUCGGUGGCGGACCUGUCGAGGGGAAUCGGUGUGCAGUUACCUGGUGCUGAGACUCAGCAGGCGUCCUCAGUGUUGAACCAUGGGGGGGGGGGGGGGGUAAAGCUGGCACUUCUGUCAAGGAUGAUUGUAAAUCUGUACGUUCCCCUGUAAACUGUUUCUGUGGGGAUUUCCUGAACACAUUAAUAAACAUGAUUUGAUCCAAACUCAAAA